AUGCUUGAAGAUACAGUUUUUGAAAUUUCUCAAGAUGAGCUCGAUGCUGAAGCUCGCAUUCGUGCCGAAUUUCAAAGUUUGACCAAUAAUCAAGUUUUUGAACAUGUACUUCGCUAUCGCAUCAUGGCACUCAAACGUGGUGUGACAGUUUUGCGUACCGCAUCAGAUGUUUUAGGCAACGACAGUCGUGAACUUAUGAUUCCAUCAUUACAAGAAACUCUAAAUUCAGUCAUUAAUAAUACUUCCGCAACUGGCGAAUUUCAUAUGUUGGAUGUGGGCGCUGGCUCUGGGGAAGCUAUUGAUUGGUGUUUUGCAAAGAAAUUUGAAGAAAAUGUUGGCAUAGGAAAAAACAAACAUAUCAUUCAUAUUAUUGAACCAAAUUCUAUUUUGUUAAAAGCCUAUCAACAAAAAUUAUUAGAAUAUGAGCAUCUUGAUCAAGGAAUUGUAUAUCAGGGACCUGUACAAGAUUAUUAUACAUACCACGAUGAUGCUCUAUUACUACCAAAACUGCCAGCUUCAGUUGAUUUCAUAAAUUGUAUGCAUAUGAUAUACUAUUUAUCUGAUAUCACAAAAUUAACAAUUGAUCCACGUAAAGCUAUUAUAGAUUUUAUUACAUUCCUAUACGGAUUACUAAAGCCAGGUGGUGCAAUUUACAUUGCAUUUCUUGAUAUGGAAAAUGCGUUCAAUUCAAUUAGUAGAAACUUUUAUGAACAAAUUAUCGGUGAUAUAGAUACUUCACAAAAUAUUUCACAUACUAGCAAAGCGCGAAGUGAACUUUUACUUGAAGGUAAAAUUUUAAAAACUUUAGAGUCACAAAUUGUUGAUGAGAAUAUUCGCCCAAAAAUUUUGAGUAGCAAGGUGCCAAGUGGUUUCUAUGCAAGAUCAUUGGGAGAUCUUGCGGUUUUAACUUUAACUGGAGAAUUGCUAAGGUCGGAUGAUGACAAUUUUGAUAUUAGAAUGUUGGAUUUCGCUAUAAAAGAAUUAAAAACCGCUGCUGUUACACCCGUGGCUAUUGGAGAAGAUAAACCAUUCGGUUUAACGCGUUGCGUCCGCGGUGGAGAAAAUGUUUGGAGAGUUGAAAAUCCUUUAAUUGUUAGUGUCAUCAAAAAAGAACGUGUGGGUUAA